GAACUAUAAUGGCAAGUUGCGACAGGUUGUUGAUAAUGUUGCUAUGACUAAAAUAAUCAACUGAAAUUUGUGAUUUGUCGAUUAUAUUCUGUAAAUAUGCAAUAUUUGGAUGUUUGCAGAAAGUGCGAUGGGCGAAUAUGGCACAGAAAACCUUCACCAUCAAAUCAAGAUGGAAUAAUUGUUCAAGUAUGUCACAGUGUUUUAGAUUGCUCAGUCACUUAUCCUUCUCGGACAAUCCGCUUCCUCUAUGCAUCCUUUGAUCGUACUGGAGAACAAUUUAUUGCUGCUGACCAUCAUGGAAAUAUUUUUGCUUUCAACUUAAAUACAAACUGGUUCACAUUAGUGAAAAAGGCAAAAAUCCCACCAACAGCUCUCGCCUAUACUUUAAAGAAAAAAUCAGAGUUUCUUGUUGCCAUGGCCAACUAUUCCUUGCACUGUUAUGAUACAGAAACAAAAGAACUGGUUGCAGAGAUGAAAGGUCAUCAGACUGCUAUAAAUAAUAUCUCAGUUCAUGCUAGUGGAAAGUUUGCCAUCACUGUAUCUGUUGAUGAUGCUCUUCUUUGGAAUCUUGAAAAGUUUCAGCAACUGAAGAAAUUAAGCAUCAAUGAAAACAUCUGCAUAACAGAGGUGUUCUUUCUCCCUUUGAGUAAUAUUAUCAUUACCUGUUUCAAAGAUGAUUCAAUAUUUGGUUGGGAUCUAGAAACACUUAGUUGCAAAUUUGAACUGCCAAUUCCACCUGGUAAAAAGACAAAAUACAAAACACUUGCUUCCACACGGAGCGGUCGUACACUGGCUGCUGCAGGCCACUCGAGAUUUAUAAGCCUGUUUGCCUUGGAUACACACACCUUAUUUCGGGUGAUAGAGCUGCCCAGCAAAGUUACCAUUGUGAAACAGCUUGUUUUUCUCUCAGACAGUUUUGAUAAAGGAUCAAAUAAGAUACUUGGUGCCUUGUGUCAAGACGGUAUUGCAAGAUUCAUGGAUAUCCACUCAUGUAAACUGCUCUUUGAUAUUGGUACCAUCGAAGACCGAAUACACAGUAUUGCAAGUAGUCUUAUGGGGAAACAUUUAAUUGGUUUAAUGGAUUCUGGUAAUAUGAACAUUUACAGUCUCCCAGCUCUCACUUCAGAACUGAAUAAGCCUCCUCCACCUGUUGUAAAAGCAGUCAGAAAAACAAAAUCUUUUGAGGAAUCCAUCAAAAGCUGCUAUAAAAGUAGUGAUAAGCCAUCUUCUGACUCUUCAGAGGACAAGGAUUUGGAUGAAAGCAUUGAUAAAGACCGGCUAUACCGUAUACUAAAAGGUCAUGGAGAGUAUCCUGAGAAAUACAGAUUUUUCAUCUGGAGACAAUUGUUGAAAUUGCCUGAGAACCACACAGCUUAUGCUGCUCUUGUUGACAAAGGGAACCACUCAUCAUUUAUCACUUUGCAAGAGUAUUAUCCAGUCAAGAGUCAAAGACUGUUUAGAUUAUUGCAGAGGGUUCUGUCAGCUUUAGCUCAUUGGUCUCCAAUUUUAGCUGAAACCAAAUAUUUACCUGCUCUGGUGUUUCCAUUCCUAAAAGUGUUUUACCAAAAUCAUUUAUGUUGUUUUGAGAUAGUUGCCACCUUCAUCAUUAACUGGUGUGGUCAUUGGUUUGAAUAUUUCCCUAAUCCUCCAAUUAAUAUUCUUGGAAUGAUUGAGAACGUCCUUUCACGACAUGAUCCCACUCUCUUGAGGCAUCUGAUUAAAUACAAAGUCACAUCUCAGAUUUAUGCUUGGCCACUUUUAGAAAGCUUGUUCACUGAAGUUUUAACCAAGAAUGAAUGGUUACGUCUUUGGGAUCAUGUUUUCAGCAACCAUCCUGCAUUUUUGUUAAUGGUUGUCGUAGCUUAUGUCAUCGGUGCAAGAGCUGCUUUGCUGAAGUGUGUCGAACUUGAUGACUUCAAGUUUUUCUUCAGCCAACAAAAUGCUGUCAACAUUGGAAAUGUGAUUAAAGAAACUUAUCGUUUAAUAUCGUCAACACCUGAUGAGGUCAACCCAUUGAAGUUAAUGAAUGAGUUUGUUCCUUUGACAAAAGGUCAAUAUCCUGUGUUUAAUAAGUAUCCCAAGUUUAUUGUUGAUUAUCAGAAAAAAGAACGUGAAAAAAUACAGCAACAAGAAUUAGAAUAUUUACGGCAAAGACAACUGUCUCUGGAACUCCAUAAAGCAACACUGCAUAGACAACAAGAAGAAGAAGCUUGGUUCCGACAACAAAAACUGUUAUUGGAGGCUGAAGAUAAACGGCGGAAAAUGAUGAAAGAUGAGGAGGAAAAACUUACAGAACGACGAAGGCAGUUACAGACAAUGAAUAAAGAAGCAAAAGUUAAACAACUGAACCUUCUGGAUGAUGUCCGACACAAAUUCCUCAGUUUACUUCGGAAACAGCAUGAAAUUGAACUCCAUCGCUUGAACGAUCAGGUUUCUAGUCAGGAGUCACAGCGUGUAAGAGAAUUGGAAGAUGUUAUAUCAGAAUCUGAGAUGAAAAAAUUUGAAAGAGAGCUAGAGAAACGCUUGUAUGAACAAGAGACACUGCGAGAAUAUAUUCAGACUUCUAAUGCACUCAAGUCUGACGGAGAAAUCUCUAAUAGACAUGCUGAACUUGAGUCAAGAAUUAUGGAGUGUAUGGUUGAGUUAUUAGGAGAUAAAAGACACCAGGAGAUUGUAUCUGAGAAAGUACGUAAGGAUAUUCUUCGUAAUUCUUCUAAACUUGUCCCAGCAGAUGUUGAGAAAUGUGAUCUUGAAACAGAAAAAGAAAAUCAGCCAGAUAAUACCUAUGACAUAGACAGGGACAAAGGUCUUGAUGAAUCAUUGGAUAUAACUCCAAACUUUUGCUUCAGCAAAGAGAGACACCGAAUACAGACUGAAACAAAGUUUAUGAACGAAAUUCGUCAGCUGCGACAACGUUUGGCUAGAGAGAGUUACCAACAGAAACCACCAUCAUAACAUCAACACGUUACUAUGAUAUUCUGACAAAGCUUUUCUCUCAGAUACUUCUUGAGGAAUUAUGAGUUUACAAAUGCAAGUUUGAGUUUGAACAUCAUUGUAUAUGACAGAACUAACUGCUCAUUUGUGUGGUUUAGGUUGCUGCCAUUAUCAUUAAGUAGCUUCAAACAAGUCUUCUUGAACAGUGUGGAUACUUAGAUGUAAAUAAUAGACAUUGUUUGCUAGAGGUCAUACUUCCAUCUGUUCAGCUCUGCAUCAUACAUGCUGUCAUUAGUGUUACUGAGUUUAUAUAUAUAUAUAUAUAUAUUGGGUUGUCCGGAAAGUUU